AUGGGCCCGCUCUUUUUUACCUUUGACAAGAUGCAUGGCCUUUGCCAUGGAAUAGGCAAACAGAAAUUGGCGUGGCAAUGGCAGCAACAAGAAAAACAGUUCCAACAGCAUUUCAUAGCUCUUGAAGAAAUGUAUCCAAGUACAGUAAAAUUACAAUCAUGGAACAUAUAUCUCAAAGACCUUCAUCAAAAGGAUAAAAUAGAAAUAACGGUCUUUACCAUCAACCAGAAUCUUUUACAACAUUACCCCAAUAUAAUUGGUGCCUUUGGUUCUUCACGUGCAUACAGUACAAGAUCAGUAGAGCGUGCUAUUGGCAAGUACUCUUGCACCAUCAAAAGCAAUUUGGCAAUUGGCAUGAAUGCUGGAAACAUAAUAGUCUGGCUGGCUCGUAUACGGCAAUUGUUGACUGAUUCUGAAGGAGGCAAACAGAGAGGUGUUGUAUUACAGUACGAAGAUAUGUCUGCUGGUUGGCCAAUUACUAGCAAGGGCGAGUGUGCUGAUGCAGAUUCCAAUAUCAAGUUCUGA